AUGUCAUCAGCAAAAGAUCCUUUUUCUAUUCUUAAUCCCAUUUAAAUUGGAAUAAAAAAAUAUUAUAUUAAACUUUUAUCAGCAUUUAUCUAAAUUAAUAUAAAAUUUAUUGGUUCAAAUUAGAAUAUUUUAUUUAAAUAGUAUUCUACUUGCGUCCUUCUUUAAAAUAGAGCAAAUGAUAAAAUAAUGUUUGAUUUUGGCGAUAUUUGGUUUUAAAGUUAUUUAAAUAGGAAUUAUUAAUUUACCUAAAUUUUGUUAAUUUAUCCAAAAAUGGAAAUUUUGUGGUAUUUUUGAUCCAAUAGGAGGGGAGUUAAUAAUGAUCCAGACAGAGGUAAAGUAAUACCUCACUCCUCCCCUUUUAAGACCGAGCAAGAUUUUUCUGCUCGAUCUUAAAGGGAGUUAAUUUUUUCUUUUAAUUUUUAUCUAAGAUUAUAUAUAAAAUUGUUUUGCCAUACAAAUUUGCAUAUAUUUAAAAAGAAAAUCUAAUUUGGCUUAUAAAUUUAUCUUUUAGAAUGAGGUUUCUUAAAUUUAAUAUAAUCAGUAAAGAUCUCGCUGUAGCAAUUAUAAUUAUGAAUAAAAAUAAUUUAGAAAGAAAAUUUAUUUUUGCCGAUCUUAAAGGCUGCUAAUUUCCAAAAAAAGGCAUUUUUCCAAUUGUUUUGCUCGCUAUUAAAGGGGAGAGAGUCAGUAUAAUCCCACCAAAAUAGAAAGAUACAGACCUGGCAAAGCCCCGACCUGAGGAGAAGAAUCAGAAGAUAAAGAUACUUUAAAAGUCAAUGCCAUAGUAAAGCAGACCAUAAGCAUAGAUACUAUUGAGUCUCUACCAAAAUCUGACCUGAAACCUCAGCCCAGUAUCCCUCAAAAAUCCUCCCGUCGCCAAGAAUUGAAAAUGAAAGCACUCCAAAAGCACAAAAAUACAAAAGUUCUUGAAGAAUUUCAAGAUCCUCUUCCCAUUGAAGAAGAAUAUGAGGAAAAUUUAGAGGAAAUAGAAGCUCCUCGACUUCAGCCUACUUUUGUCCCAAAAGAUAAAAGAAUAACUAUUCAAGAGAAAGAACAGAUGGAGAUGGAUGAGCAAGAAAUCCUUGAAAAACUAAAACAGCUUACUCUCCUUUCUUAUCACUAAAAAAAUACUUAUUUUUAUAUUAAUUAUUUAAAUUAAUUUUAUAAAAAAUUAAAAAUGAGCUAGAGAAGAAAGAAAAUCGCAUACAAAAUAUCUAGUCGCUGAAGCUUUAUUAAGAGAAGAAAUGGGCGAAGCUUCUAAAGAUGAAGAACUUAGCGAUGAAGAUGAAGAUGACCCUAAUGAAUUCGCAAUGUGAAAAAUAAGAGAAAUCAAAAGAAUAAUGAAGGCAAAAGAUGAAAGAGAAACCCGUGAAAAAGAAUUAAAAGAAAUCGAAAGAAGAAGAGGGCUAAGUGAUUGGGAAAGAAUGGAAGAAGACAAAGCUUUAGGAACUGACGAAACAGCAAAACCAGAAAAAAUGAAAAUCGGGUUUAUGCAAAAAUAUUAUAACAAAGGUGUAUUUUACCAAGAAAGAGAUGAGCAUGGUAAGCUUCAUCCCAUAUUUAUGCGUGAUUACAACACUCCAGUCGAAGGAGAUUUUGAUAAAAGUGCCCUUCCAAAAAUCCUCCAAAAGAGACGAGGAGAUUUUGGCAAAAAAGGCCAAUCAAAAUACACACAUUUGACUAAUGAAGACACCAAUGUUUUUGAUCCACAAUUAAUGCCCCAAGAAGAGCUAUUUCUUAAGCAGCAAAUGAAAGGGGCUGGAUUCAAAAGCAUGAAUCGAUUUGAUGUUUCUCGUAAAAGUUAUGCUAUUUUAUAAGCAAUUUGCCUUAAGAAUAAUAUUUUAAUUAUUUGAUAAAUUAUUAUAAAACUAUAUAA